ACAAGCAUAAAGGCUUUUGUCCAAACCUUAUAUAUGAGUGAGUUUGAUACACCUGCUCAAAGCACACACUGUUCUCUAUUAUUUAAGAAUACUAAUACUAAUAAUGCUUGAGUGAGUAAUAACAGCAUAAUAAUACAACUAUUUUCAUAUAUUUAUUUAUAUCCCAGGGUGACCUCAGGUCAACUGUGUGUGUGUGUCUCUCUCUCUCCCCUGUGAUCCUGGCAUCAUGUAAAGUUGGGUAGAAGAGGAAUAAAGGUCUUUUCCUGGUUUGAACUCACGUCCUCAGCUCCAGUGAAGGGAAACGUUGAUGCUUCAGAUAUAAAACCAUUCUGACGUUCAGGUGUCACGUACAUUUGGCCUUAUAGUGUAUUCCUGAAUAUAAAUCGAGUUUUUACUUAAAAUUCAAUUCUUUCCUCAAACAAAUAGUUUUUCCCGUAGUAUUUAGAGAAGCGGUGAGGAGCUCGGUUUAUUUAUCUAAAGCCCCCUGGGUGAAGAUCCUCAUGAAGUUGUGUGAGGAGAUGUCGAGAGCGUGCAAAGCUUCUUCUGGAUGCUGUUAAGAAUUGAAACUAUAAAAUGGUUUGGAUUUGUUUAACGCUGUUUGUGGUCACUGAGUAAAUCUGUAGGUGUCAUUUCUUUAAGCCGGUGUAUUCGAACUGAAUGUUAAUAUGGGGUAAAUAUAUUACUGGUUAAAGUUUGGACACGUGCGUCUGUGAAUGUGUGCGGGGACGAAAUGUCGCAUGAGGCUUCUGCCCUUCUUCCUGUUAAAAUAGCCUGACGCUCUUUUACGUGGUCUAGCGAUACAGGCUGCGUCCUUUUUUGCAGGAACAUCUUUUAGUUGUCACGUCAAGAGCUCAGCUCAGUAUAUAAACACACGCAACACUGAGAGUGAGGUUCUUCCUGAAGAAGAGAUGAAGACGCUGCACUUGUCUGUGAUUCUGCUCACGCUGUCCGGUGUUCUCACUCAGGACAGUGAUUGGGGUGUGAACUAUACAGAUAAUCUGACCUGUGCUGUGAGAGGAUUCAGUGUCUCCAUUCCCUGUAGUUAUUCUUAUCCAACAUCAAAUCCCAGUAUUCAGGUGACACAAAUGCUGUGGUGCUCAAUGAACUCAAACACAGGAGGGUGUACAAACCCCCCGUAUAUUUAUAACAGCUCAUCAAUCACCACAUCAGACUUUGAGUACGCUGGAGACGACAAAUCAGACUGCACUUUGUUAAUCCACAAUGUACAGUUCAGUUAUUCUGGAGAAUACAGAUUCAGAUUUAUAACUGAUAAUCCCAGUGACAGAUACACAGGUAAACCUGGAGCGACUCUACAAGUUGCAGAUUUAAAGGUGUCACUAAUCAGGCUCAGUGGAAUCGGAACCCUUAAACAAGGAGACUCGUUAAAUCUGACGUGUGAUGUGAACUGCACACAAAGUUCCUCACAGUUUGUGUGGUCUAAGAACAACGAGCGCUUAAAUACAUCAGGACGCGUUCUUCACUUUCCUGCUGUAACCGUGAGGGAUUCUGGGAGUUACACCUGCACUUGGAAAACCAACAGGGCGUCAGGAUCUGAAACGAUCAGCCUUCUCGUCGAGGAUGAAAUUCUUGCAUGGCCGUUCUGCAUCAUUGGUGCUUUGGUGGCAGCUGGACUGAUUUUGGUAGUUGUGAUGUACAACAGGAGGUGCGUCCACACUGAUCAGCUGAAGGAGGACAAUUCAGACGUCUACACCACAGUACAGUACAAUACGUUCACCAUGAACUGAUCACACUUUCACACCUCAGUUACAGUUCAAAUGUUAAUUUUUCAUUUUAAACAGGUUUAAAGUGCUGAUCCUGGAGACUCCUUUCAUAAAUGUUAUAUAAACACUUCCUCACGAAAAGAUUCAUCAUAUCAUCAAUAUAUCAAUAUAUCAAUUAUAUCAUAUCAAUUUUAAGAAUUUGUUUUUAGGAUUCGACAGGGCUGUGGUGUAAGGUUUGUUUUUAUUGUGCUACUGAUACUGAGCUUCACGUUUUCAUCACUUACUGCUUUAAACAAUCUUUACAUCUUUGAGUUAGUGUUAUAACGUAAUAGUUUCCUGCUUUUUUGCUUAUUGUUGUAUGGAAUAACUUGUUGAUAAGAGGUAUUGAAUGAAUUUGUGAUGAUGCAUGAAUGAUGUAAACCAUGUUUUUUUAAAACCGUGGCUAUAUCAUGUAACAUUUCUUAGUCAGCAAUAUUUAACAACAGAAACUGGAGGGAAACAGCAGGCGUGAUGUUACUGAUUAUUACUGUUUCAAGAACUUCAUUAUCAAAUGUAUAAACCUUCCUUGUACAAUGAAAUUCUUAGUUUGUAUGCUUUCACAGAUGCUGCAGUGAAAAAAGUUAAAUAGUAACAAAUAAAACAAAAGAAUUGUUUAGACGUUGUUCAAAGUAAGCUGGAACAAAAUCAAAAUGUGACCUAAAAUUUGGAAUUAUAAGAAUUAUUCAACAUAAAUAACAGCGGAAUUAAAUAAACCUAUAUAAAGUAAACUCUUGGUUAUAUUUACAUGAGGUUUUGUCCAGUUUAACAUAACGCGUAACUUCUGUAUUGAUGACUAAAGCGAGUUCACUAUAUCAUAAUGUUCAUUGUUAAAGUAACAUGUUUAUCUGCUUUGGUUUGACUUUCAUGUGAAUCAAGGUUUUAUAAUUUAUUAAACUGAAUCCUCUAGUAUCUAGUCUGAUCUUUGAGGAAAUGAAUGGAUAAGUGUUUCUGUGUGAUGUGUGAAGAGCGUUCAUUUCUAGAUCUUAUAAAUGAAUUAAAUUGAAAUAGCGCUAUAAAUUCAUCAAUAUUGCCCUCUACUGGCGAAAAACUGAAGCGCUACUGGAGCUCUAUAUUCACUAAAUGAUGAAUUUCUGCACUGAUAUUUGUUAAUAUUUUACGACUUGUAAUCCGAUCCUGCAUGUCUCCUGAUGAAUAGAAAAAGGCCAAAAUGUUGUUGUGCUGUUUUUAAAUUAUCAUUUGGAAAGUAACAAGUCAUGUCUGUGGGUUUUCUGUUUAAACCAGGUAUUUUUCUUUUCUGUUUACUAUCUUGUUUACUGCUGUGAUCAUUUUGAGGA